CAAUGACUUUACCUUGUUGUUGUUGACAUGAGAACACCAGCUAGCUAAGUCGUUGCCAAAGCUAGCAGUGGUAAAAUAUGUCGAGCGCUUUUUAUUUCUAAAAUACCUUAUUUAAAUCACCCAAGGGACACCUACUAGAAUGGACGAACCAUGGGAUUUUGAGUUUUUAUCUCGGAUAGUUGAGGGUUUAAUGUCGUUUUUGUCUGAAUUUGUGGAUGACUGGACUGCAAAUGACAUGAGAGUUGCCGUGUUUAAAAUAUUGUUUAGUUGGCUUAUUGUGAGCCUUAUCGCCAUCCACUUCGCUUGGAAGGUAUAUGGAAAUACCGUUAACGACAUGUAUUAUCGACAAGGCACGGGUGGACAGAACGGAGGCACACCUGACACUGUUCCUCAUCUAAGUGGUUGGGAGAGUGCAUCAGGGGACGCCCUGAAGACUCAUCGCGAGUGAUGACCAGAGAAGCUUCUUGAAGAAAUCCCAGAAUGUGGAUCUUGUAGUGGCGUGUUUUUGAAGAGUCUAUGCGAUUUGCCUGCAGGACGACUUCGACAGCAUCUACAGGAUGCCAACAAGUGAAAGCUUAGACGUAUGUCAGUUCAAGAAGAGCUUCACCAAGUACAUUGGACUCUCUUCUACUCUCUUCUACACAAUGCGGAGUUUCCUUGCAUCUGAUAACAGGAGUGUGAAUGUAGGACGUUGUGGGUGGCCGACUCUCCUGCAGAUAAUUCAGUGGACAGAUUCCCAUUACCUUAGGACGACAGUGGUGCAGGUGUAGUGAACAAGGAUCGAAAAGAGAGGAUGAAACUGGCAAUGCAUCUGCUAAUUCACACAGGACUUGGUGGAAAUUUAAUUUAAAUGAAGACCGCCAUUAUUAUGGUGUAUGAACAAUUUAAUAGGUAGCAAAUGUGUUGGCCACUUAAAAACACUGCCUAAUUUGAAUUCAUAGACAAACUUUAGACCCACCCUUUCAAUAACCUUCUGUAUUGGAAAUUGAAAUUGGAUUGGAAUUGAAUUGGAAAGCAAGCUGUGAUAAUCAUGCAGAUGAGAUGUAAUGGUAGGGUUGCCUUGGUGCAGUCUACCAGAAGGACAAUAAAAAGCAUUUUGGUUCA